AUGAAUGACUAUCUCAUUCUCCGUUUGUUUUAUAUCUAUCUAUCUAUCUAUCUAUCUAUCUAUCUAUCUAUCUAUCUAUCUAAACAAAGACAGCGACAGAUGACUUUGUUCUCACCCCCGUCCCACCGCCUCUACAAAUGUUUUGAUUGUUUGUUUGUUUGUUUCUUUCUUUCUUUCUUUCUUCCUUCCUAUCUAUCUCAGUCUGUGCAUAUCUAUCUCUCUAUCUACCUCAGUCUAUGCAUAUCUAUCUCUCUAUCUAUCCCAGUCUGUGCAUAUCUAUCUAUCUCUCUAUCUCUCUAUCUAUCCCAGUCUGUGCAUAUCUAUCUAUCUACCUCAGUCUGUGCAUAUCUAUCUAUCUACCUCAGUCUGUGCAUAUCUAUCUAUCUAUCUAUCUAUCUAUCUAUCUAUCUAUCUAUCUAUCUAUCUAUCUAUCUCAGUCUGUGCAUAUCUAUCUCUCUAUCUACCUCAGUCUAUGCAUAUCUAUCUAUCUAUAUAUCUAUCUCAGUCUAUGCAUAUCUAUCUCUCUAUGUAUCCCAGUCUGUGCAUAUCUAUCUAUCUAUAUAUCUACCUCAGUCUGUGCAUAUCUAUCUCUCUAUCUAUCCCAGUCUGUGCAUAUCUAUCUAUCUAUCUAUCUAUCUAUCUAUCUAUCUCAGUCUGUGCAUAUCUAUCUCUCUAUCUACCUCAGUCUGUGCAUAUCUAUCUAUCUACCUCAGUCUGUGCACAUCUAUCUCUCUAUCUAUCUCAGUCUGUGCAUAUCUAUCUAUCUAUCGUGAUUUUCCAAGCAUAGCUCAGAUGUGGCACAGGGCCGAAAGUAUGGGGCACCCACGAGACAAGCUUGCUAACCAUUGCACCACCUCGAGGUGCCCAUAUCUAUCUAUCUAUCUAUCUAUCUAUCUAUCUAUCUAUCUAUCUAUCUAUCUAUCUAUCGGAUACUUCAUUUUUUUUUCCUGA